UGCUAUGGCUACAUCGAGGAAUAGCACCCUCCAUGCAUGUGUGUGCCUGCCUAGGAGAGAGAGAAAAAAAGAAAGAGAGACGGGAGUGAGAGAGAGAGGGAGGGAGGGAGGCAGAGAAAACCAGCAGGCAGGCGUUAAAGCAAGCCAGAGUGGGAGUGAGGGACCACCAGAAAGUAGGGUGGAGGGUAAAAGAGAGAGAGUGCAAGUGUGUGUCAGAAGGGGAAAGGACAUAAAGGCAGCCAGAGAAACUAGAGGGAAGCAACCCUGUGGAAGCAACGGAGUGUUGGAUAAUGGAGGUGCAGUCGGAUUGUGUGGAGCCUCCUGUGGCUCCACAGUGUGACACACAGCCUGCAGGGAAGAUCAACAAAGCUGCCUUUAAACUCUUUGGGAAGCGACGCACUGGCUCUGGAAUGGCCAGCUUCUUCUCCUUCAGGAACAAAGCUGCUGCAAACGGUGGGAACAACGGGAAUUCUGACAACGGGAAUUCUUUGAAUGGAAACAGCUCGGCGGCAUCAGCGGACCUUGUGAGGAGCAAAACACAUGACGGGCUAACAGGCUCCAACAACGAUGCUGUGGGUCAGAGAGGGGAGGGCCUUACUAGCCUGGAGGCAGGGCCGGUAAGGUCGCUCAGCAAAUCAUUGAGUUUCUUUUCCUUUCUCCGACGUGGGAGUUUUAGGACAAGUGAAAAUGGUGGGACAGGAAUUGUGAGAAGAGGGAGGGGCCUGAAGGGCUUUUUCAGCAGCAUGCGAUGGAGACGUAAAGAGAAAACAAACGAGGCCGAGGCAGAAGAGGUGGAAGGUAAGAAAGCAAGGGACACAGAUGCUACAGAAUCUGAGAUCCCGAAGGACAUUACUCUUACCCUUGAGCCACCUCCGCAUCAUCACCAGGAGGACUGUGCAAGUGCAGAGACAGGAUCUAACCUACAAGCAUCGGACACUCCCACCACUAGUGUUACCAUGACACCCACACACUGUGUUGCCAUGCCAGGACCAUCUGGUGAGCCAGACUCUCCUUUUCCUUACACACCCACCGACUCACCAUUGCGCCCAUCUAUUCAAAAAGCCAAAGCCUCAAUAUCUAGCCUCACGCCCUCCCUUACUACACCCCCUUUGGACCGCUGCAGCAUAGGUGACCAACCCUCGGAGCCCUCUGUAGAUCGACUCUGUUCCAUCCUUUUCACUGAUGUCACAUCUCUGAAGAGCUUUGACUCACUGACCGGCUGCGGUGAUAUUAUUGCUGAUGCAGAAGAGGAAGGACCAGGGGGUAAUGGUGGCAGUGGAACGAGUAGUAGUAGCAGUGGAGGUGGAGGAGGGAGUCUGAGCACAAAUGUUGGGAGAGCUGUUGGCUUAACUAGUGCAACAACUCAUGCUUCCCCAACCAAACCUUCAAUACCUUCACAGAUUACCCAGCCAAUGUUCUCCGUUCCCCAGAGUUCGGCUCCUGUCUGUCUCCCUGCUCGGACCCGAGUGCUUCCUCCACCACAGCAGCAUUCUGCUGGAAGUGGUGUAGUGGCCUACAUGGGAGGAGGGGAAGAAAUGGCAAGUCCAGAAGGAGUGGACGAUGCGGACAUGCAGGGGCUUUGGCACAUGUUGCCUUCUGCAGGAGAAAGCUCCCCUGCAUUGCCCCGACAGUACCAGCCUUCUUCCAGUACCCUUACUUCCACUUAUCCCCCUCGCAGCAACUCCCCCGGUGCACUUCGUCCCUCAGCUCAAAGAAGCGCAGAGAGAAAAGCUCCUCAGGUGAAGGCGCUGGGUCUCAGCAAGAUUCCAGUGGUUGGUGGAGCAGGAAGCCGGGCAGGUAAACCCCCCCUGCCUCAUGCACACGGCCGCCAUCCUGCAUCACCUGGUGAAAAAGAACUUCUCAGUGAUGAAGGUUACUGGGAUACUCCCUCAGCAACACCUACAGCAACUCCCGAUGAGAGUGGGUUGCAGCGUAACCAGAAGAUUGCCCUAUCACGCGAUAGCUGCUCGGGAGACCACCUUUACGACUUGUACAAUGAUCCUGAAGAGGAGGGAGAAGAUCAGAGGGGAGACAAUGAUGUAAACAGUACCCCCUCUCCAUCUGCAGAAUUCAAAAUGAGUCCCACCUCCCAAAAAAGUCCCCUUUCAACCUCUUCUUCCUCUUCCUUUCAAUCACUGAAAGGCAGCGCCAGCCUUCCCCGAGACUCCAAGAUCCCAGUAAGUACCAGACAGACCUCGCCUCCCCACUCUGUAAGCCAGUCUGCUUUGUCCUCUGUACUGGAGGCAGAGACCCCUCCGCCAAAGACCCAUGCACCCCAACCAGCCCGCACCAGAAUCCCUGUGUCAAAGGUGCCAGUUCGCCGUUCUGGAAGCAAACCUGCCACCAGCACAAGUGGAGGAGCUGGAUCAAAGAAGUAGAUCCUUUUGACAAACAUUUAAGCCUCGCCUUCUAAGAUACUACAGGACUGGUUGUUCAGAGCCAAACGUUUCGUGUGUUCAAGAAAAUGUUGAGCUGUAGAAUCAUCAGCUUAAAAAUUCCGUUUCAGAUCUUAGAAUUUCCCCUAGAUUCCCUUCGGCCAGCUGGACAAUAAUCAGUGGCUCUGACACACAGACGCUCAAAAAAGCUGGGUUCAUACAUUACUGACCUUACUCGCACUUUGGAGGCUGACUAUUGACAAUCCCUUUUCACAGAGACAAUUCAUUCUCCAACUUCAAGUUCUCGGAAAAAGCUACUGACCUGUUGAAUUUGACAGUUACCUUGAGAAAAGAACAGAGCACCUUUUUAUCUUUGACAUUUUUGUAUGGAAUUCAAUGUGACAUUAUUCAGUUUGAUAGGACCUAAUCCAAUCAAGGUUUUCUGUUCUUGUUUUUUUAAUCUGUCUAAUUUGUUAUAAAUUACCUCCUAAUCUUGUGACUUUUACAGCCAAAGCUAAAGAAAAAAAAAAAAAAAACUCAGAAAGCUUAGAUUUUUUUUUUCAUGUGAACUUAUGGAACAGACUCAACAAUAUGCUUUUUACUGACACUCACUUUUUAAAAACGGUUUUCUCUGGACCGCUCACUGAUUUCAAACCUGUAUGUUUUAGAUAUACAAAUACAAAGAGAACUGAUGCAGUUUUAUAACUUACUUACUUUGCAGCAAAAAAAGCUACACCGGAGAAAGCCACAUAAUAUCUGCUUUUCUUUUGGAGACGUCCUCUUUUGUGGGCUUGUUCAUUUUGGCAUGUUUUGUUGUGUGGAUCCCACUUCUACCACACAACUUAAAUGACAUACAUUAUUUGAAUUUCGUUAUUUGAAUUUCUCUGGGAUUUACACUGAUUUCACUGCUAAUGUAAACCUAUAAAGUCUUUGCAAUAUAACACACAGAGAGAUCCUUUGCACUAAUGCAUCCUCAUCCAAUGCAAGCUAAGCAAUUCAACAUUCAGAAUAAAACAAACAAAAACAAAAAAAACAAAAACAAAAAAACAUGCACGCUCAUAUUGUCAGUUGCUCUCUGCAUGCAGUGCACCAGAGGCACAAAAGUCAGGGAAGAUCAUGUAGAGAUGAAAAGAUUUUCGGCAUGCACACUGUACUACAUUUGCCAUUCUCUUCGUAGCUUACACUGGUUAACUUUAUCCUUCAAUGACACGUGAAAAAAAAAAAAAAAAAAACUUUUCUAAGUAAAUAUUUUUUUCUCAUGUUUUCAUACUUUUUUAUAGACUACUCUGUGAAAAAAACUGCUCAGAUCUCAAACUGUGAUUGCAUCAGUGUCUUAGGACAACUUCCUCUGUUUCUGCUUUUUCUUUCUUUUUUUUCUUUUUUUUUUUUGAAAGUUUUGAUGUAACUGAAUGAUAAGAAGGUAUUAUUUCUACAUGCCAGCCAUUUCUAAAGAGCUAAGACAGAAUGCAAAGCAAACUAGUGAGUUGGCCUUUCUCUCUUCACCUGCUAACUCUUCUGCUGAUGCUGUAUAAUAUGAUUUCAGGAUCCACCGCAGCUGUUUGUAAAUCUGAAUGUAGCUCAAUAUCAUCAGAGAUCCUUUACUCUUUAUUUAAAGGUGAUGAGUGCAAGGCAAAAGCCAAAUUUGCCUAUUUCCUACCAACGCUCUGGAAGACAAACGACUGCUAAGUGUGUCUAGCUUCACAAAGCGGCACGUGUUUAUAAGUGAGGGCGUCGGUUGUGGUUUUCUGAAGCAUUUGUCAGAUAUUCAGAGACACGUUAAAAGCAUAAUCUUUUUUUUUUUUUUUACUUUCAAAGCAUAGGGACAGUGUUGAUAAUUGAGGGUCAUGCUGGUUGAAGUUAGAAUAUUACCGACAUUAAAGUGACAGGUUUGAUAGCAAAGCACCUUUUUAAUGUCUGAUAUUUUGAUAUGUUUGAUAUGUACCUUAAUGUUUUCCAUUACUUACUUUGUUGAUAUGGACCUAAUCUAAUCAAACAUUGUUGUUAUUAUUAUUGGGUUUUUUUUGUUUUUUUUUAAGGUUUUUGCAAUAGAUCUUGGAACAUAUGGUAGUCCAUAAGUGUCACGAUUCAACAAAUAAAUCAUUAAAUCAUUGUGAAAAGUGUCAAUAAUUUAUAUUGAAUUUGAGACAUAAAUUAUUUAGUUUAAUAUAUACGACAUUAAAUAAUUCAUAGCUAGCCAUGAAUUGAUUUUGCUUGACAACAUUAUCCAUCAGAAUAAGUGCAGGGGACCAACUUGGAUUUACUCUAUUGGUCUUAAGUGGACUGAAUACAGGUUAAACAAUCUGAAGUUGAGGUCUGUUUGAUAAGCCACACUCACCACUGUAUUUCAGCAAAUACACAAAAUACCCCUGAAAAAUUUAGAAAUAAUUAUGUAUAAUUUUAAUUAUGCAAAAUCUUAGCCAAAUAAUUUCUUUAAUCAUUUGUAAAUUCAUAUACUAUGGCUUAAAUUAUUUAUUUGUAUACUAUAUUUAUUUAUUUUUUAUGAAUGGGUUAAGGAUUAACCGUCCUGUGGUCACGGCACAGCAGUCAAUAGGAGAGCAGCUGAUGUCAUGGUCAGACAGUUGGGAAGCGGGUGGGGGAUUGUCCUGUCAAACCGUCAAUUCCC